AUGGCGGCAGGCUAUGGCCUCCAAAGUGUUCGAGACGUUUUGCUGGUGUCUUGUUUCGACGAUGUCAUUGAUGAUGAGGAAUUUACACUUCUUUACGAAGAAAACUAUUCAAGAGGAAUAUUUCCAUAUUCGAUGUAUGACAAAUUCGAUUUGGAUGAUUGGGAUGAAGAGGAAUGUAAAGUCGAGUUGAGAUUCGACAAAUCUGACCUUGCUGUCCUGCUCCAUGCAUUGAGAUUUCCCGAUAGAUUUGUUUGUUCUCAGAGGACUGUCUGUUCCGGAAUGGAAGGCCUUUGCAUCUUGUUAAAACGACUUGCUUUUCCUUGUAGAUUUACUGAUAUGGUGAUGCGUUUUGGCAGGAAUCCAACUGAACUUUGUUUGAUCUUCAAUCACGUUUUAGACUUUGUUUACCAGACACACCAACAUCGUUUAAAUUCUUGGAACCAACCUUUUCUUAAUACACCAGCUCUAGAACAAUAUGCUCAAAGCAUUCAUGCCUGUGGAGCUCCUCUUCAAAACUGUUUUGGCUUUGUGGACGGGACCUUGUGCAAGAUAUCUCGCUCAAAGAAUAAUCAGCGUGAAGUUUACAAUGGACACAAACGUGCGCAUGCAUUAAAAUUUCAGAAUGUUGUUCUUCCAAAUGGGCUCAUAGCCAACCUAAAUGGACCCUAUGAGGGGCGAAGGCACGAUGCCACGAUGCUCUGUGAAUCAGGCUUACUAAGGGAUCUCCAAGUAGUUGCAUGGGCAAAUGAUGGGAGGCCGUUAUGUUUGUACGGCGACCCAGCAUAUCCUUUAGGCAUACAUUUACAAGCUCCAUUUAGAAAUGUUCCCCUCACCCCACAGAUGGCAAGAUUCAAUGAUCAUAUGAGUGAAGUCAGAGUAGCUGUAGAAUGGAUGUUUGGCUGCAUUUCAAAUUACUACAAGUUUGUUGAGUUCCAAAACCAGCUAAAGAUUGGCCUUAGCCCUGUUGGCAAAAUGUACCUGGUUUGUGGAAUUCUUCAAAAUGCCCACACAUGCCUAUAUGGGAACAUCAUUUCGAAUUAUUUUGGUGUUGACUCCCCAGACCUUCUAACUUAUUUCUGGUAA